AUGAAAGACUGCAAAGUGCGAAGAGUUAUAUCUGAGGAGUGUAAUGGUCGACAUUAUCCUUCGAUUUGCAGUAAGCGGGGAAGCAGAAAGAAGUUGGCCAUUGGUUCGAGACAAGAUAGUGGUGCAGCAGGUGGCAGUGUAUCCGAAAUAAAGGACGAACAGGUUCGAGGAAAGGAGGAAGUCUCCGUUUACUGUGCCAUCUUAGAUGUGAAUGAAUCCUGGAGGCUGGAUUUCAUGGGAAUUAGAGAUUCGCAUGUGAGUGGAGGGGAUCAGCUUGCACGGGAGCAAGUAAAGAAUACGUUUUCUCAAGAAAUAUUAGGUCGUUAA